AUGCCGUCCGAAAAGCAGAAGAAGAAGAACUUGGCGGGCAGCUACACAAUACCCACAGCAUUAGCGGAUGUUAUCCGAGAGGAGCACAAGCAAGAUGAUGCUAUUUCUUCGCAAGAGUUGAAACAGAACCUUAGUAAAAAUGACUACCAACAAAGGAAAUUUCAGAGAAAUAUAGACCUAAACCUUGACAAUUUGAAAACAUAUAAGGAAACAAUGGAGGAGCGUGAGUUUGAAAGAGAAGAAGUCCAUGUAAGAAACCUAAUCAAGAAAAAAGAAGAGGAGAAGGGAACAUCGGAGAACGCCAUAACUAGCGGACCAACAAAGAGACAGAGAAAAAGAAGAUGGGACGUGGGACCCGAUCAAUUGAUGGACCAGAGAGAGAAUAAUGAGAAGGUUCAUCUGGGAAUUGUACAAUCAACGAAGAAAACAAAAUCAGAUGAGGAUGACAUGUCAAGCAUUGUUGAAGACAGAAAUAUCCCCAUAAUUAACGGUAUUCCAUUAACGAAUAAAGUAAUUGAUAAAAUACUACCACCUGGAUACGUCGUGGUACCGCCACCUGAAAGGUUUGAACAAUUUGACCCAUCUGUGGCUCCUGAUAUGACAGAAAUUACUUCGAAUUUCUACGUGCCACCUUCAGUAGACCAAGAUAGCAUUCAGACAAAAAAAUUGAUGGAGGGACAAUUAACUACCGAAAUUCCAGGUGUGACUGGUUUAAGUUUCAUUAAACAGGAGGAUAUGAAAUAUUUUGGAAAGUUGAUGACUGCAAACGAUGAAGAAGAUUCAUCUCUUGAACAAAAGAAGGAAAUAAGGCUUAUGAAGCUUUUAUUGAAGAUUAAAAAUGGUACUCCAGCUAUACGUAAGAAAUCAUUGCGUCAAUUGACCGAUAAUUCACGAACAUUCGGUCCGAAAGUCUUGUUUAAUCAAAUUUUACCCCUUCUACUUGAACCUACUUUGGAUGAUCAUGAAAGACAUGUUUUGGUUAAAUUAGUUGGAAGAAUUUUAUUUCACUUAGAUGAUUUGGUCAGGCCGUAUACACAUAAGAUUUUGAUGGUUGUUUCUCCGUUAUUAAUAGAUGAAGAUUUUACGAUAAGAUUAGAGGCAAGAGACAUAAUUUCUAGUUUAACUAGGGCCGCUGGUUUGGCUAAUAUGAUUUCAAACUUGAGACCUGAUUUAGAUCAUGUCGAUGAAUAUGUUAGGAAUGUAACGUCCCGCGUAUUCGCUAUUGUUGCAAAUACUUUAGGUCUAGUAAAUUUUAUUCCAUUUUUGAAAGCGGUGAUAAAAUCUAAGAAAAAUUGGAUGGUAAGACACACAGGCAUUAAAAUUGUUCAACAGCUAUGUGUAUUAUUAGGGGGUGGAAAUGGUAAUUCCAUCUUGCCGUACUUAUCUCAGUUAAUGACUGUUUUGAAACCAGGAUUAACAGAUGAAAUACUACAGGUUCGUACAAUGACAGCGCUAACGUUAUCUCAACUAGCAGAGAAUGUAAAGCCAUAUGGGAUUGGAUCAUUCGAAGAGAUUUUGGAACCAGCGUGGUUGGGGUUACGAAGUCAUAGAGGUAAAGGUUUGGCUAGUUUUUUGAAAUGUAUUGGGUCAAUAAUACCUUUGAUGUGUCACGAUCCAAAUUAUGAAGAAUAUGCUAAUUACUAUACAAAGGAAUUAAUGACAGUCAUUACAAGAGAAUUUAACUCUCCGGAUGAGGAUAUGAAAAUUACAAUUUUGAAGAUUAUGGUCAACUUACCAUUAUCGAGACAUUUAAUAAAGAAUUAUCACAAAGAAAUAAUAAAGCCUUUUUUAAGAUUUUUUUGGAAUAGGAGAACAGCAUCAGAUUCACAGCAAUUGAGCAAACUUGUUGUUGAUGCUACUUCACAACUUGCAAUGAAGUUUGACUUCUUAGAAAUUCUCGAAUGCAUUGUAAUUUAUACCAAAGAUGAAAAUGAAUCUUUAAGGAGGAUGUGCGUGGAAACUAUAAAUAAGAUGGUGUCUUCAAAUGCUGAUUAUCUUAUCGGGCUAGAUUCUCAGCUUGAGAUUAAACUAGUAGAUGGUAUUUUAUUUGCCUUUCAAGAGCAAUCCGUUUAUCAUAGAGUAUAUCUAAUGGUAUUUGAUGCAGUAUCGAAAGCUCUUGAUGUGAGGCUUAAACCACAUAUGAAUUCAAUAAUUAGUACUAUAUUAUACCGCUUGAAGAAUAAAACUCCAGAAAUAAGACAGCAAGCUUCAGACUUAAUAACAAUAAUAGCGCCGAUUAUCAAAAAAUGUUCUGAAGGUAACGACGAAGUAAUAAUGAAAUUAAUUCUCAUUCUUUACGAAUCGCUAGGCGAGAUUUAUCCAGAAGUUUUGGGGUCUAUUUUGAGUGCAUUAUAUGCAUGUAUCGAUAGUGUCGAUAAGAAUUCCUUAUAUACCAUGUCAAAUCCCUCAAUUAAUCAAAUAUUACCUACUUUGACACCAAUUUUGAAGAAUAGACAGGAUAAGGUUCAGGAAUCUUGUAUAAAGUUAGUUGGAUUAAUUGCUAGAAAGAAUUCUGAGACCAUUAAUGCAAAGGAAUGGAUGCGUAUUUGCUUUGAAUUAUUGGACAUGUUAAAGAGUCCGAAAAAACGUAUAAGGAUAGCUGCAAAUGAUACAUUUGGUUACAUUGCACGUACCAUAGGCCCUCAGGAUGUUCUUGCGAUGUUACUAAAUAAUUUAAGAGUUCAGGAACGUCAACUAAGAGUUUGCACGGCUGUAGCAAUAGGUAUCGUGGCUGAAAUAUGUGCUCCUUUCACUAUACUCCCAGCACUCAUGAAUGAAUAUAGGAUACCUGAAAAUAAUGUGCAGAAUGGUGUCUUGAAAGCACUUAGCUUUUUAUUUGAGUAUAUUGAUGGUAAUAUGACCAAAGAUUACUUAUUUGCGAUAACACCUUUACUUGAGGAUGCGUUGACGGACAGAGACCAAGUCCAUCGUCAAACAGCGGCAACUGUAAUUAGACAUAUGGCCCUCAACUGCGUUGGCUUAACUAAUGAUGAUUAUUAUGAUGUUUUUAUUCAUUAUUUGAACUUGCUAUUACCUAACGUGUAUGAGACUUCGCCCCAUGUUAUCAAUCGUAUUUUAGAAAGUAUUGAAGGAAUAAGAGCAGUAAUUGGGAUGGGUAGUUUUUCGAAUUAUAUUUGGGCCGGAUUGUUUCAUCCCGCACGGAAAGUCAGAAAUCCAUACUGGAAAAUAUACAACAGUGCUUAUGUUCAACAUAGCGAUGCUCUCGUUCCUUAUUACCCACAAAUUGACAAGCUUCAAGAUGACGAUACUAUAAAUUAUAAAAUCGAAGAAUUGGAUUUAUUUAUUUAG